CAAAACACGUGAGCAUAGUUCGUCAAGAGAGUAUUACUUUCAAUUCAACUGACGUUUUAAUUUUUAUAUUCAUGAUUCCAAGAAGAUUCUCUAUUACAUCUUUUACACACCUAAAAUUGCAUAGUUGUUAUAGUUUAAAUUUCAAGUACAAUUUUUAGGAAAAUUAAUUGUUAAUUAUGGAACCACAAUUUUUUGACAUAACAAUCGCUGUUUUGCUGAUUAUAUUGACGAUAGCGUUAUUCCUGGUUCGCAGAUAUUACUACUCCGGCAAACGUUACAUUUUAUUGGUUGGCUUGAACGAAAGCGGGAAAACCCUAAUUUACUCCCAGUUAUUCUUCCAGAAACACGUUACAACUUACACGUCCAGCCAGGACAACCUGGAAAAAUAUUGUGCCAACGGGAAGGAAGUGACUGUGGUUGAUGUUCCUGGAUUUCACAGUAUUAGACAGAGAUUCUUUGAGAAAUACAGAGACAAUUCCAAAGGCAUUGUUUAUGUUGUGGAUUCAGUUACUCUGGGUAAAAAUAUUAGAGAUGCUGCGAUGGUACUUUACAAUAUUUUAAUUGAUCCAGCUAUUUUGAAAAACAGACCCGAAUUGCUGAUAUUGUGUAACAAACAAGAUCAAACCACUGCUAAAGGGUGUAACAUUGUUAAAUAUAUGCUCGAAAAGGAGAUAAAUACUCUACGCAAAACGCAAUUGAGUCAGUUGAAGCAGCUGUAUGGAAGAGAAGCGACUACAGAUAAGCUUGGCGACUCAAAUAAAGAUUUUAAUUUUGAGAACAUUUACUGCAAGGUGAACUUUGCCGAAUCGUACGCUUUCAACAAGAACGGAUCAGUCAAUUUGGAUGAUCUUAAAAAAUGGAUAGGAAAAGUAACUAACUAGUUUUGAUUACAAUUUAUGCUGUAUUUUGCGAAUGACAAGAAAAAACAAAACAGCGAAAAUAAAUAAUUUUUAUACAUGUACAACAAAAAA